UACAUAUAAACUACCACACCUCUAAAUACAUUGUUCGUAAGUCACAACAAGAACAGCUCAGUUAUCUGGAACUUUGUUAUAAUAUUCGUUUUUAUUUUCAUUUUCCUCAUUUUCUCUUCCACGACUUUUCCAGAACAGGGGAGAGAGAAGACAGACGAGGAGAGAGUUUGAAAUUUCAUUUUCUCGGGUUUUUGCGUCUGCAUUGAUUUUUAAGGCAAUUUCCUUGGGAAAACCGCGGAUGAUUAGGCAUUGAUUUUCUUGGGAAAUUUUUUUCUUCUAAACUAUUAGCCAUUUGGUUGCAUUCUGUGGAAGAGAUCUGGGGCCAAUUUCCUGGGUUCAAGGUCUGGCAGAGGUAGGUACAGGAUCUUCUGGUUUUCCUCAACUGGGUGGUUAUUUUUUAUUUUUUAUUUCAAAGGCUUUAGGGAUCUGGGUUUGGUUUUCUUAAAGAGAAAGAAAGGAAGACAUUCAUUGGCUCUGCAAAAGGAAAGUAGAAAGUUUCAGUUGCUUUCUAUAGGAGUCUGUUUCACUUACUUUCCUUUCUCUCCCUACGCGUGGCUAUUGGGAUAGGAUUCCUGGGAUGCUUGAGUCAGAGGUUUCUAAAACAGGGUCUAACGAGCUUUCUCUCCAAUGGAUAUCUGUGAUUUCUGAUACAGAUCGCCGUGAAUCACAGCUUACAGAGAUCUAGUCACUAUUUGCUUCAAGUUUUUCGCAUAUCUCUGCCGCAGGAAGAGAACAAGAGAUUGAUACAAAAGAUGAUGAGAAUGAAUAAUAAGACGAAUGUCAGCUUCGUUGUUGGUGGUGACUCAGGGGCGCAUGAUUGGGAACUCAGACCAGGGGGAAUGUUGGUACAGAAGCGAAACCCGGAUUCAGAUCGGAGUUCCGCAUCCCCACCGACGAUCAGAGUUAGAGUUAAAUACGGGUCUAUCUACCACGAAAUCAACCUCAGUUCUCAAGCUACAUUUGGUGAGUUGAAGAAAUUGUUGACGGGGCCAACAGGGUUGCACCAUCAAGACCAAAAGCUGAUAUACAAAGACAAGGAGAGGGAUUCCAAUGCAUUUCUUGACAUUGUCGGAGUCAAAGAUCGAUCUAAAAUGGUGCUCAUUGAGGACCCAAUCAGUCAGGAGAAGCGGUUACUGGAACUGAGAAGAAACGCCAAAAUGGAGAAGGCUUCAAAAUCCAUCUCAGAUAUCAGCUUGGAAGUAGACAGGCUUGCCGGUCAGGUAUCGGCUCUUGAAACAAUAAUUACCAAAGGUGGGAAAGUAGCAGAAAAAGACGUGCUUAAUCUGAUUGAGCUGCUGAUGAACCAGUUACUCAAAUUGGAUGGCAUUAUGGCAGAUGGAGAUGCGAAAUUGCAAAGAAAAAUGCAGGUACGAAGAGUGCAGAAGUAUGUUGAAACUCUUGAUCUUUUGAAGAUUAAAAACUCAACGCCUAGCAGCAACGGGGUUCAAGUCCCAGUACAGAGCCAACCGAGGCAUCCAAACGGGCAGAGAUUAGCACCAAGUCAAGUGCAGUCGCCUAGGCAUUCUAAUGGACAAAGGGAAGCAACAAUUCAGGAAGAACAACCGAGGGAUUCAAUCGGUCACUUGCCUUUCCACCAGCAGUACCAACACUAUCCAUAUCAGCGAGAAAAGAAUUCAUCAUCUGGUCCAGUUGUUGUUACCACAAAAUGGGAGACUUUUGAUUCUACACCAGCUUCAAACCCAGUACCCUCUACAUCCACAUCUACAUCAAGUUUAGCUACCAAUAACCCCAAGUUCAGUUGGGAAUUCUUUGACUGAGCCAUAUAUCACGUAUUAGUUAUUGUGUGUGGAUGGAUGUGUUGGUUUGUCCUUAGUUUGUUAUCUCUUCUCCAUUCUUUUCUGUACUUAGAUUUUUGUUGGCACCCCUUUCAUCUAUCAUUCUGUCCACCAGAAAUAAACGGGGCUUCUACGACAGUUGGUUAUUAUUGUCAUUAUCAUCAAUAUGUUCUUUUACUUUGUCAUCCUAAAUUCAUUUGCCACUUAUGGUCUAGCUCUGUUAGUUGUUAAGAUGUCAAUGUAUCUAUAGAUUUAUUCUUCAGAGUUUAGGAAUUUGAAUUUUUGAGAUGAAGGAGAGGUGUAUUUGGAACCGAAGUGUGCAAUUUUAUGAAUGUCGCAGCUAUCUGUGUC